AUGCCUGAACCUACCAGCCCUCAAAUCACCCUGAUCGAGCUCACUCCCUCAGAGCUCGCGUCCAAGACAAUCAGCUCGCACAAUCUCCAACAUUCUCUCGAGGCGCUACAUCGGGACGGCAUAGUAGUGCUGAAGAAUGCCGUGGACCCGGAACAUCUCGAUCGGCUCAACGAGCGCAUGGUGCCCGAGGCGAAGCAGCUGUACGCUCGCGCCGAGACGCAUCGCAACUUCGGCGCCCACACGGGGAAUAUCCAGCAGGAGCCCGUAUGCGAGGCCGAGUACAUCUUCGAGGACGUCGUCGCUAAUCCUUUUGCCACAUCCGUGAUCGAGGGCAUGAUCGGCCCCGACCCUCGACUGCGAUUCUACAGCGCUAACACCGCGUUCAAAGCCACCGACCGACAGCCGGUGCACAUUGAUAUCGACUUUGACAUGCCGCGCAUGCCCUUUGCCUUUUGCGUCAACAUCAACCUGGUGGAUACGUCUCGCGAGAACGGUGCCACAGAGGUCUGGCUCGGCAGCCACAUCGACACCGACCGGAACGUGUUGGAUCGCAGUGUCAAGCAUAAGCAGGUCAAGAGUGAGCUACUCGAGGCGCGACGGAAGGUCAGUCCCCCGGUGCAGCCCGGUCUGCCCAAGGGGUCGCUGAUCAUUCGCGACUUUCGUCUGUGGCAUGCGGGAAUGCCCAACCUCACGGACGACCCACGCGUCAUGCUGGUGACGAUUCAAUUUGCCAAUUGGUAUCGCAACGAACAGAAGUUGGUGCUGCCCAACAGCUUACAGGACAAAGUCAACUUUGGCCGGGUCGUCCCCUGCGUUGAAUGGGUGGAGGAUGGCUAUGACUACUUGAAAGGGGCGCACAAUCACGAUUUCUCACUGUUGCCCUGA